AUGUCAAGUCUCAGCACGAUCCAAAGAAAAGUCAUUCUGUCAAACUUCGCUAAUCCCAGAACAUGGUCAAUACCCAAAGAUCCAAUUUCCAUCGCUUUGAUAUCAACCACCUCAACUAUCUUGAUAGGAAUAGGAGGAAUUUGGUUUCAUAAGAUAUUAUGGCGUCGUAUAAAGAAUUCUGAUUCUGUGACUUUAAGAAUGUUAGAGAAGAAAAUAUGGGUAAAAGGUGUGGUUACUAGCGUGGGGGAUGGAGAUAAUUUCAGAUUAUUUCAUACUCCCGGACCAUUCUUUUCAUAUCCUUUUAAAAUACGAAGUAUACCUUCUACUCCGAAAGAAUUAAAAGAUGAAACUAUACAUAUACGUAUAGCCGGUGUGGACGCUCCUGAGAACGCUCAUUUUGGUAAUCCUUCUCAACCUCACGCACAAGAAUCAUUAGAUUGGUUAAGAUCUACAAUCAAUGAUAAACGUAUGAAAUGUCAAUUAUUGAGGAAAGAUCAAUAUGGUCGUAUUGUAGCGGUACCUUACAUACGCAGGAUGAUAUUACCUGAUAAACCUCUGCCUUUGCUCAUGUUAUCAGAAGGUAUGGCAGUGGUGUAUACUUCAUCUGGAGCCGAGUAUGGUCCGUGGGGUUUGAAGAGAUUACAAGAGAUAGAAUCUAGAGCCAAAGCGGCGAAGAAAGGGCUGUGGGCAUCGAAAAAGGUGGAACUACCCUCAACAUACAAGAAACGGUUACGAGCUGCCGAAGAAGGCAAGGCGGAAGUGGCGACGACUGACGACCCACCCAGCAGUGGGUUCAUGAGUUGGGUGAGAUCAUUAUUCGGACGGUGA